AUGGGUGAUCUCAAGGCCCGAAUCAAGGCGAAGCUGCUGAGGCGCCAAAGUCAUUCGCCCUCAGUGCAAUCAAGCAAGAGCAGUUCCAAGUCCUGGAGACCGCGUUCCCAACGUACAAAUAAAAAUUCUGCCUCAUCUGAACAAAAUUCUCACGAUGCCGACGACUACUAUGAGGACUCCCCCCAUUUAGGCAACGAGUCGCCAAGGUCGCCCUGGAGCGCACACUGGCACAGGAGCCGCCGCCGCCAUUCCGGGGGGCACCAACCAGCAUCCCCGGAACAAACGGCUGACACUGUGGAUGCUCGCAGACCAGGAAAGAGCAGGCCAUCGACAGUAGAUUCUGCCACUUUGGAUGUCGACGAAAAACUCGUGGCAGCUGCAUUUCCACCAGCAAAAACAGCCAGCUCGUUUUCUUCGCCGGCGCCCGCAGAACAAAGAACAACGUCGGAGUCGAAUGAGCCAGGCCCAAUGGUGGUUUCUACUGCCGAGCUUGACGGCACUAAUGAUAACAGUCUUGCAGCAGUCGCAGUAGACCCAAGUGCAGCCGAGACACUAACUAGUUCCGAGGAUGCCACCAACAAAACUGCCUGCAGCUCCUUGCCCAGCGGCGAUCAACAAACCAAUGAUCUAACAAAUGUAAAUUCGUCGUCGUCGUCGCCGCCGGCACCAGCACCAGCAGCAAUCAACACCACCAACACCACACAUCCCAUCAUCCCCAGUAUCGUCGAACAAUCUGCAACUCCCACAUUAGAUGUAUCUUUGUCGAGGGCUUUAGAUUCCGACCACGACGGUUCGGUUGCAUCUGCAUCGCUUAGCGGUCCGUCCACUCUCCUCAACACCAGCUCAGCAGAGACGUUCCCAACCUCGACGACGUCAAUAUUAUCAGCUCCUGCCCGAGAUCUGCAGCACACUGCAUUAGGCACUGAGAUCGGCGAAGCUGUUAGCGGUGACUUUUCCGUGCCGACCACACCCAGCAUCGCUUCCGCAGGUCUGCAACCAUCUGCUGCCUCGAGUCGCCCCGACGUGUCGAGACAACAAAGCAUCCUGCCGAUUCGACAGCAGGCGCUCAUCAAAACUCUGCUGGAUACAUCGCAUGCUCAUGAACCAGAAGAAGCAGAUCAGCUACCUCCCAUCAGUCCAAAUAUGGUUACCAGAAAGAUAUGGGUCAAGCGCCCAGGCGCGUCGGCUACCAUGAUCACCAUCAACGAAGACGACCUGGUUGACGAUGUCCGCGAUAUGAUCUUGAGGAAAUAUGCCAAUUCUCUAGGCCGCCAGUUCGAUUCCCCUGAUCUGACGAUACGGGUCGUGCCCAAAGACGAAGGCGUCCGUCAACUUCAGCCGGACGAGCCGAUGGGAAGGACCCUAGAUGCAUACUUUCCCGGGGGCCAAACAGUCAACGAUGCUCUCUUGAUUGAUGUCCCACCCCGUCGAACCCCGAAAGCAUCGCCAAUCCCCAGGUACUAUGGUGAAGACAAUAGCCGGCCACACGAAUCCGGAACAGAUUAUUUCCCACCAUUCCCUCAAGCGCCUCAUAUCCACCACUCCAACCCGGCAGCAAUGCCUCCAGCAACGAUUCAUUUUCCUCAAUCGAUGGCUAUCGUAAGCAAUGGCCAAUUGCCACCUCUUCCUUCCCCUGGUGGUACCAGUCGGCGUUUAGGUAGUGCACGGCCAAAGAUGCAAAGACUACAUACAGCCUCCCCAGUCUCGACUGCCGGAAACAGUCAUGUACAACACACACAGCAUGCGCCGGUGCCUAUCCCACCAAGCAUCGGUACGCAUGCAUAUUCUUCCAGACCGCAACGAUCAAGGACUCAUUCAGGUGCAUCAUCAGAUCAAACAAACCACGCAGCUCAUGCUCAUGCUCAUCCUCCCCCCACGGCUCCUCCACUGCCCACCCCGCCUGUACCGGAACGUGUAGCCACUCCGCCUCCCCGAGUGGCAUCGCCCAGACCUGCAGCCCGGCCCAAGAAAAAGAGAACUGCUGAGACCCCGUCCCUACCGCCAGGAAUGCUCAACGGCAGCGUCCCUCCGAUCAACGUGUUAAUCGUCGAAGACAACAUCAUCAACCUAAAACUCCUAGAGGCCUUUGUGAAGCGACUGAAGGUAAGGUGGCAGACGGCUAUGAAUGGCCGGGAUGCUGUUACCAAAUGGAGAACUGGUGGCUUUCACUUGGUAUUGAUGGAUAUUCAGCUUCCAAUCAUGAACGGCCUGGACGCAACGCGUGAGAUCAGAAGGAUUGAAAAGGUCAAUUCCAUAGGCGUAUUCUCUUCAUCUGCUAGCAAAGCACCAGAGGGCAUUCAGGGUGAACCUGAUGAGAAGGACAAGCUACCAAACACGGAGAUGUUCAAGAGUCCAGUCAUUAUUGUGGCGUUGACAGCCAGUUCUCUUCAAAGCGACAGACACGAAGCUUUGGCGGCUGGCUGCAACGACUUCUUGACAAAGCCCGUCAACUUUGUCUGGCUCGAGAGAAAAGUCAUGGAAUGGGGCUGUAUGCAAGCACUGAUUGAUUUCGACGGCUGGAGAAAGUGGAAAGACUUCUCGCAGAAAUCAGAGCAAGAUGACCCGGCUAAGAAAGCAAAAGCUAAGAAGACGAGACAAUCAUUAACGGCGCCCACGGCGACUGCCGCAGCCUAA